GUUCAACAUGAGAUAGACAGGGGGUGUAUACAUGCCCGGCAUGCGUUGCCGCGAUAACACUUGUGGAUGCCGAGGACACGUCCCUGACUACGCGUCUCGUCAUGGUGUUUUGCCAGUAUGGCUGGUUGCUCCUCAAACAUGAAAAUUCUGGGGUAGGCAAAAGGACGAGCUUUUGUCUCCAUAACUAGCCGCUGUCGGAGUCGGUGAAGAGUCAUAUAAUAAGGAUUUCGGUGGAUUUUGCAUCUUCUGCUUUUCUUUUCUCACCAUCACUCUUCGCGAUGGGGAUCCUUACUCUUGUUGAGGACAGGCCAACGCCCAAGGCUGUCUACAACUGGCGUGUCUACACGGCCGCCAUAGUUGCGUCGUGGGCAUCAUGCAUGAUCGGCUAUGAUUCUGCCUUUAUCGGCACAACACUGAGCCUCCCAUCGUUCGCCGCGGAAUUCGAGUUCGACAAAUUGUCCGCUUCCCAGCUCGCUUACGAGAAAUCAAAUAUUGUCUCAGUAUAUCAGGUCGGCGCUUUCUUUGGAUCUUUUGGAGCCUAUGUGUCCAGUCAUUUCCUCGGCAGGAAGAAGUCGCUCAUUAUCUGGUCAUUGGUCUUCAUCUUAGGUGCAGGCAUGAUGCUUGGGGCGAAUCGCGAACGAGGUCUAGGACUUCUCCUUGGAGGUCGUGUCCUGGCAGGCCUUGGUGUGGGCGCCGCUUCCAACAUGGUCCCCAUCUACAUUGCCGAGCUGUCUCCACCAGCUGUGCGUGGACGACUUGUUGGCAUAUACGAGCUUGGAUGGCAACUCGGCGGACUCGUUGGCUUCUGGAUCAACUAUGGUCUCGAGCAAACCAUGGCCUCUACGCAUCAGCAAUGGAUUAUUCCAUUCGCUGUGCAGCUCAUCCCGGCUGGAGGUCUUCUCUUUGGCGCUCUUUGGCUGCGGGAAUCGCCACGUUGGCUCUUCUCGAAAGGCAGGCAUGAGGAAGCAGUUAAGAACCUUUGUUGGAUCCGUAAGUUGGAUGCGAAUGACCCGUACAUUUUGGAGGAAGUCGCAGCAAUUGACGCUCAAAUCGAACACGAUCGCGUGCACAUUGGUCCUGGGUUCUUUAGCCCUUUUGCUGCACUGAAGCAGCGCAAAGUUCUCUGGCGCUUCUUCCUCGGCGGCAUGCUGUUCUUGUGGCAGAAUGGAUCCGGUAUCAACGCGAUCAACUACUACUCCCCAACGGUCUUUAAAUCUAUCGGCAUCACUGGGACGUCGACUGGUUUCCUCACUACUGGUAUUUUUGGCGUCGUGAAAACGAUCGUAACAUUCAUCUGGCUACUCUGGCUCAUCGACCGUCUGGGUCGCACGAAACUUCUUAUGUACGGCGCCAUCGGUGGUUCCCUCUGCAUGUGGUUCAUUGGCGCAUACAUCAAAAUCGCCGACUCGGGUGGCAAAGCCGCGGAUCCUGACGCUAAACUCUCAUCCGGCGGCAUCGCAGCGAUCUUCUUCUUCUACCUCUGGACCGCUUUCUACACGCCUUCCUGGAACGGCACACCCUGGGUCAUCAAUUCAGAGAUGUUCUCCCCGCAGACACGAUCUCUGGGCCAGGCAUCCGCAGCGAUGAAUAACUGGUUCUGGAAUUUCAUCAUUUCUAGGUUUACGCCGCAAAUGUUUCUCACGAUGGGAUAUGGGGUAUACUUUUUCUUCGCGAGUCUGAUGAUACUUUCUGUGCCAUUUGUUUAUUUCUUAAUCCCUGAGACGAAGGGUGUACCGCUUGAGAGAAUGGAUGAGCUGUUUGAAAUCAAGCCUGCGGUGAAGGCGCAUGGGAUUAUGAUGGAGAGGCUGAAAGAGCAGGAGAGCAUGAGAGAGGUCUUUGCGGAAAAGGCUGGUGAAGCAGAUCGGAGAGAGGGUGUUUGA